AUGUCUACGGAUAAAAGAUCUAUUUUCAGGCCCAGGAAAGCUCGUAAAACUAAAAAGAGUGCCACUCCUGAAUCAGGCGAUCCAGGCUUUGUAAACACAACGUCACAAAUAUAUGAAUUGACCAAAACCAACUACUAUUGCAUAUCAAGACUUCCUGCGUUGCCAAACGUAUUAUCGAGAAAACCAGACACAGUUCUUAAUGGAUACGCCGAUGGUACUUCCAGCUACUCUGUAGUGGUUUCAAAAGAAGGUAUAUAUGUCUGGUGUUACAAGUCGACCGACUCAUCCCCAUUGACCAUCGAGUUCCCCAUAGAAGAUGCUCAAGGUAUAUUACCAUUGGCAAUCUUAACCAACCCUUCUAGCGGGAGUUCUAAAGACCCCGGAAUCGUCAUCAUCAACUCGUCAUCCAGGGUUUUGAAGUUCUUCGAAAGUGUACAGCAUUCACCAGCAUUGGGGUUGAUAGGAAAUAAGGAUUUGGAGAUAUCUCUUCCAAUCGAAUCCGAGAGAGGUGAGUUUAUUACUUUAGCCGAGAACGUAGAGCCGGCAGGAAUCAUCAUCGUCACCUCAUGGAAAAGAGUGUUGCUUGUAAACCUCCGAGACCGCAAAAAUAAACCGGCCUUGUCUUUGGUUUCUGUGAUAAAGCCCGCAUCCAACUUCUUAUCUCGAUUCUUCAAGAGGGACGAUAUAAACGACGACAUAGUGUGUACAAGAUCGGGAAACUUGAACAAUGCUGGUACACAACAACAAAUCGUCAUACAAGAGAAGUCGGGUUUAUUCCACCUUAUAACGGUCCAGCUAUCUUCGACUUCAGGUCACCCAUUCAUAGACUGGUCCCUUUCAUUUACGCACAACAUGAAUACGUACGUGGAAAGCAAUAUCGAUGGCUUUAACAAGCUCGCUACGCAAAACAUUCAAUAUCUCGAUACCUGGAGAAUCAACAACAUUUCGGUGGAAGAUACUUAUUUGAUCUUAUGUCUCAUCACAGACCAAUUCAAAAAAUCAGACAACGACCUAAACAAUUUGGUUUUGAUAACUGCAAAGAUAAAUAAGAGUGGUGUAUUGGUCUACGGAUCUCACAGGACUAACCGUUUCGAUGGGAGCAUCGGCGACAUACCUCCUAAGCUCUUUGUUCCUUACCCUCAAACUACAGCAUUUAUUCUACUCAAGAAUUCCUUGAUCUUGACGGAGUUAGAUUACUCUUAUAUUCUGCAGAAAGGAACCGUUCUGUACUAUAAACCUAGAUGGGAAGAUAUCAUUAAGCUAAAGGAUUCUGUGGAUGUCAUAGGGUAUGGAUAUGAAAAUCAGUCAACUGAUUCAAAUCUGGCAUUGAUUUUGUUGACAGAAUCCUCUGGAGUUCUUAGAAUCGAAAAAUUUUCACAAGGAUCAACUGGGGACUCCUUAAAACCCGUCAAUUUGGUCAAAUCUCACAUAGAACAGGCCAUAUUCUAUUCUAAAGACUCUUCCAUUGACUUCAACUUAACAGGAAAGUUUUCCCAGGAGACCAUUGACGAAGCUGUAUCCCAAAUCAUUCAAGAAAUAAUGGGCUCCAACUCCCAAUAUCUUCCGAAGUUUUCUCCCACCAUAAGCUCGUUGUUAGAGAACAAGGCAAAAUUAUUGAUCAACUUGAUUGAGUACUGUAAUGCAAAUUUUCCGUUAUUGGGGGAACACAUCAAAAUUAAUAUCAUCUAUGAAUUGGAGAAAACUCAAACUUCUCAACACGUUUGGGGCCUGGUAGACUCAGGUAGUGAACGUGCGGUCAAGUUGAGGAAAUUACUAAAGGAAGUGGUUUUAAAACACGAACCGACUUUAGGUUCUAGUGAUGAUGGAAUGAGACGUUACUUCAACAAUAAGACUGAUUCGAUCAACUUGGUAUUCACAGAUUUCUUGACUGCGUCGAUAAAAGCUGAUGUGUCGGCAGAUUUUCUAUUGAACUUGAUAACCAAGGUACUAUACGAAUCGAUCAUGGUCAAUGAGAUCAAGUACGCACAGGACAUAGCCAGUCGGAAAUCUUGGAUCUUCGACACUGACUUGCUAUUGGACAUUGAGAAGUUCUUCGACACAAACUAUUGUAAUGAUAGUAUUGCUUUCACGAAUCCUAUCGACGUGAGAGGCAAUAUCAGUCAGUUGUGCAAUGCAUUGCAUUAUUUCAUCAAUGAAGCCAUCGACUACAUGAAAGAAGAAUCCAACGAAAGCUUAACCAAAUACGUGAAAUGGUACAACAAGAACAAAGUGAAAUGGAUCCAAUGCCUAUUAUCCAACAAUUUGGGCGAAGAUGCCAUAGAGAUGGUGGAGAAGUAUCAAAAUUUCACCUCCCUUGCAUCGAUUAUCGAGGAAGAGCGGGAAAAGACUGCUGAAAUAUACGGUCUUGACAGCGCGGAGUACCAAAUGAUGUUGACCAAGUACUACGUUUACUUUGAGAGAUACCAAUACAGUUUUGCUAGCGCCUUGUUUGAUUACUACAUCAAAAACGAUAAGAUUCAAAUAUUUUUGACGGGAUUCCCCAGAUAUAAGCACUUAUUGGAUCAAUAUUUGGAGAGCAAAUACGACAUGGCUUCUAAUGUCGCCUGGAUCAGAAAGCUACUAGAUGGCGAGUAUGCCGAUGCUUCAAGAUAUUUGUUGAGGUCGGCAGAGAUCAAUGGUAGCGAAUCUCAGAACAAUCAAGAGUUGAAGUAUUCUUUGGCCAAGUUGAGUGCUAUGGCUUCCGAGACCGCUGGUAAGAUGGACGUUGAUUCUACAUUGUUUAGAAUUGAAACGAAGCUAAUCCUUAUCAGAAUCCAGCGGUCUUUAUUCCAGUAUGUGAACGAAGCUGUGAUAAAAUCCCAGGGUGAUGAAGACCUCAAGUUGAAGAUGUUCCUCAAGUUUGUCAACAAUGCUCUUGACCAAAGUGCAGCUCAAGGUAUCUUUCAACACACAUUUCCAGACUUCAUUAAUAACAAAACUCUCGGAGAAUCGGUGUUGAUAGACUACUUGACGUUUGUAAGGCCUUCGUCAAAAUUCAACAAUGGGUUCUCCAACGCGUUUCGAGUGGCGUCCUUGUUGCCAGAUGAAGCCACUUACAAGCUCGAGACAAAGAAAAUCUGGUGUAGAUUAUUAUCGAUCACAGAAGACUGGAGCGAGUUGAAUAGCACCUCUGAAAAGACAGAUGCGUUUGUCACGAGAAAGCUCAAGAGCCUGGUUCUUUUCAAAACGGUGCUAUCUAUUCAUGACAAAGAAAUCCAUAUCUUGGAACAAAUGUUGAAGGAGGAGGAGCCCAAGUUCAACCAAGACAAUGUUUUGUUGUUCGAGUUGGAUAAUAGUUUCUUCCACAAAUCUGUUGGCUACGCCAAAAAGUAUAAUAUACUUAACUGGAUUCAUUCUAUUAAAACCGAAACCGAUUUGAACAUAUAGAAGCUAUAAUACACGUAUAUAAACUAUUUCCACCCAUUAAACAUCUCUCGUAUCAGUAGCAUCAGCAUUGACUUCAUCAACAUCAACGUCGUCUUCUCCUUCGGGUAUGACCUUGAUUCUCAACAAUCCUUCUGGCAACGGCGUCAGGCUCUCGUAGUCAUUCUGUGAGUAUUUGUACAAGCCAAGCGAAGCUAAUGAAAUGGAUCUAACAACAUUCUGCCAUGUGGAUAACACGAGGUUGACACUUUCGGCCCCAUCGACCAUUUCCUCGAGUUUUGUCUCCAAAACUUCGAGCUGUGACGUCAACCUUUCUGUAUAGUCCUUUAUUUCCGUCAAGCUCGCCAACUCUGCUCGUUUCUCGUCUAUUUUCUGGUAUAUCUGCCCUGACUUUUGCAUGGUUGUGGUGAGUGCAAAGAAAAUUCGCGAUCGCUUUUCGAUUUGUAAACA